AAGCACAACCUGUCGAAGGUCCUUAGAGAGAGACAACUGUAAGGCUUGUUGUGUCCGGGUCAGUCAGGGUUUGGGUGUUGCGUGUGAGUAUUCCGUUACGGACAAGGACAGCAAAAAUGGCAUCCAUUUUGACACAUGGCAUCAGGAACUGCCCAGUAAAUUCUGCCUGGGUUGUUAAACUUGCUGCUAGAUCACUGACUACGACAUCACAUUUACAAGCUCAAGUACAACCCAAAACUAAAAAGACUCUGGCAAAACCUGGUGUGAAGAAUAUCGUUCUAGUUGAAGGAGUGCGCACCCCUUUUUUGCAGUCUGGAACAACGUAUAGUGAUUUGAUGCCUCAUGACUUGGCCAGAGCAGCGUUGCAGGGGCUCAUCACCAAGACUGGCAUCCCAAGAACUGCUGUAGACUAUAUUGUUUAUGGAACAGUAAUCCAGGAAGUGAAGACCAGCAAUGUUGCCAGAGAGGCUGCCUUGGGAGCUGGUUUUUCAGACAGAAUUCCAGCACAUACAGUCACCAUGGCUUGUAUCUCAUCUAAUCAGGCAAUGACUACAGCUGUGGGUCUGAUAGCUUCCGGCCAGUGUGACACCGUAGUAGCAGGUGGAGUAGAGUUCAUGUCUGAUGUUCCUAUUCGCCACAGUCGAAAAAUGAGAAAGGCAAUGUUGUCCCUGAACAAGGCCAAGACCAUGGGCCAGAAGCUGGCAUUGCUUGGAAAAAUACGCCCCAGUUACCUUGCCCCUGAGCUUCCAGCUGUAGCGGAGUUCUCCACCAGCGAGACAAUGGGCCACUCUGCUGACAGGCUGGCUGCCGCCUUUGGAGUUUCACGCUGGGAGCAGGACGAGUUCGCGCUUCGCUCCCACACACUGGCCAAGAAGGCUGAAGACGCAGGUCUUCUCAGUGACGUCAUCAGCUUCAAAGUACCAGGAAGGGAGACUGUUAGCAAAGACAAUGGGAUUAGACCAAGCUCCAUUGAGCAGAUGAGCAAGCUGAAACCUGCUUUUGUGAAGCCCCAUGGAACAGUUACUGCAGCAAAUUCUUCUUUCUUGACUGAUGGUGCUUCAGCUGUCCUCAUCAUGUCGGAAGAGAAAGCUCUGGCGAUGGGAUACAAGCCAAAAGCUUACCUGAGAGAUUUUGUGUAUGUCUCUCAAGAUCCCAAAGAUCAGCUGCUACUAGGCCCAACAUACGGCACACCAAAAGUUCUUGAAAAGAGUGGUUUGACAUUGGCUGACAUUGAUGUUUUUGAGUUUCAUGAAGCUUUUGCGGGUCAAAUUAUGGCUAAUCUUAAAGCAAUGGACUCUGAUUGGUUUGCACAAACAUAUAUGGGGAGAAAAUCCAAGGUUGGCGCUCCCUCUAUGGAGAAGUUUAACACAUGGGGAGGCUCUCUGUCCCUGGGACACCCGUUUGGAGCAACUGGCUGCCGCUUGGUGACGACAGCUGCUCACAGGCUGAUGAAGGAGGGGGGGCAGUACGGCCUGGUUGCAGCCUGUGCUGCUGGGGGGCAGGGCCAUGCUAUGAUUGUGGAAGCUUAUCCACAAUAAAUCUAGGAAAAUGGACUAGGAGAUGCCUUAGUAUUAGAAGAACAAUUCCAAUGCACUUGAACUUCAGAGAAGGAAGAAUGCCGUGUGGAUUUUAAGAUGGAAAUGAUAUCUAUGUAAAUAGUAAUACCACAUUGCCUUGAUGUCAUGAAUUGCUUUUGAGAGUGUCCGCAGUUUGCACCAUCAAGAGAGGGUUGCUGGGUAGCAGAUAUGGAGAUGUCCAGUACGUUCUUCUGAGUGAGAUGUUUUAAGUGGUUCUGUUAUGGCAUUCUCCUACAGCGAUGUAAUGCAGGUACAGUUAACAUCACCAGUUGAAUCAAAACAUUGUGAAUUAAUAUGCUGCAUUAACCAUUCUUUUUGUAAAGAGGUAUAAAUAAAGCUUUCAAUGUAAAAGUCAGCACAUUAAAUGAAUCUUAAUACAUGCAUAUGUAGAAAUAAUAAAAAA